UGGGCUGGUAGCCUGACGAUCGGCACGCCGGCCAAGAGCUUCCUCAUCGACUUCGACACGGGCUCGAGCGACCUUUGGGUCCCGUCGGCCUCGUGCACCUCGGCGCCCUGCGCGCCGCACCAGAAGUACUCGGCGUCGUCGUCGUCGACGUCCAAGUUUGUUUCCGGGCAGAAGUUGAUGAUCAGCUACGGCGACGGCUCGACGACCUCGGGCGACGUCUACACCGACACGGUCACGAUCGGCGGCCUGACGGCGACGAACCAGAAGAUGGGCGCCGCGACGACGCUCUCGGACAGCUGGGCCGACGACCCCGAGGACGGCCUCAUGGGCAUGGCGUACCAGUCCCUCUCGUCGCUCAACAGCGCUCCCGUGUUCCAGACGCUCGUGUCGCAGGGCAAGGUCUCGUCGCCGUCGUUCUCGUUCAAGCUCUCGUCGAGCGGCGCCGAGCUGUUCCUCGGCGGCAUGAACACGGCCAACUUUGUCUCGGGCUCGACGACGUACGCGCCCGUCAUCCAGCAGGCGUACUGGACCGUCGCCGGCCAGGUCCUCGUCAACGGCAAGCAGGUGACGAGCGUCGGCACGAUCUCGUCCGUCAUCGACACGGGCACGACCCUCGUCGUCGCCCCGACCAGCGACGCUGCCUCGUUCUGGGCCGCGGUCCCGAACUCUGCGUCGUACGGCAACGGGUACUACACGUUCCCGUGCUCGCAGACGACGACCGUCUCGUUCCGGUUCGGCGGCUCGACGGUGGCGUGGCCCAUGUCGGCGUCGUCGCUCAGCCUCGGCCGCGUGUCGUCCGGCUCGACCCGCUGCGUCGGCAGCAUCGUCGGCCAGGACCUCGGCAUCGAUGGCUGGAUCGUCGGUGACGCGUUCCUGCGCAACGUCUACACGACGUUCGACCUCGGCAACAACCGCGUCGGCUUCUCCAAGCUUCGCUGA